GUCGACCGCAAGCUCCGCUGCGUUCGGUCGAGCCGCUUUCAUCGGCGGAGUCGGGUGUAUCAUUUGAAAUUGCGUCAGCAGCUUCUAUGUGGUUACGAUGCCAGUACAAUAUAUAGGAGUGCGACGCUUAAAUUUCAUUGACAUUGAAAUUGAUUGCGCAGUCGCAUCAAUAUGAAACACAAUGACGAAAAAUAUAAAAAAUGUACAACCCAGAAUUAUUGUAAGCUCUCCAUCUGCAUGAUAGCUGGCGUCGCAUCUUUGGGCCUAUCAUUUUUAAUCUGCUUCAUCAACCCCGCGCACAUAAUGUCUAAACACGUACUGCGUCUAACAGAGGGCUCAUAUCUCUACGAGAUAUUGCAUGAAGAGAUACCGUGUGUGUAUCUGCACAUUUAUCUGUUCAAUAUAACCAAUGGGGCAGCUUUCUUAGCGGGGAAAGAUACGAAGCUGAGAGUGGAAGAAGUUGGGCCGUUUACUUAUCAAGAAUUUCGCAAGAACGAAGAUAUAGAGUUGGAUGAAGAGAACGGGCUUAUGAAAUAUUCCCCAAAAUUUAGACUCGAGUUCUUGAGAGAAAAGUCUAUAGCAGAUCCGAAAGACGUUAUAUUGCAGCUGCCAAAUAUUCCCAUGUUGACUCUCGCGACAAGGUUAUCUACAAAUCCGUUCACUCAAUACGGUUACAAUCUUCUCAUCGCCAAAAUGAACACCAAGGCCAUCUUGUCCCUAGACGCCCACAGCUACCUGUGGGGUUGGGACGAUCCCAUCGUCAAAAUGUUCAACUCUUUCAUCCCUGGUAUAAUCAACUUUUCGAAACUGGGCUUGUUGGACCGGCUGUACGAAAAUGAACGUAGCAGAAUUGAACUGGCAACAAAGGAGCAAGAUAAAUUUAAGAUAAGAAAAUAUAACGGAGAGGCGGGUCUCUCUAUGCAUGGUUAUGGUACAGAAAAACAAAGUCGCUGUAACACCUUCGAGGACGUCUACGAAGGUCUAGGCUAUCCCACAGACCUGACAAAGGAAACACCUCUCCGGAUUUUCCGCUACUCUUUCUGUCGGAUCUUGGACUUGCAGUACCAGGGCAGCAGGACUAUGAAGAACGGCGCUGAGGCCUUUGUGUACAAAUUCAGCAAUGAGACAUUCACUAUGAACGAGAAUAAUAAAUGUGUGUGCACUUUACCAACGUGUAUUGAAGGUGUAUCCAAUAUUGGACCGUGCUUUUAUGACACCAGCACGGGCUUGUCCAUUGGACAUUAUCUGCACAGCGACCCGAAACUGUACGAGAGACUCGAAGGAAUCAAGCCUAACGCAGCGGAACAUGACAGCGAGUUCGUUAUUGAUUCGAAACUCGGCGUAGUUUUAUCAACGCGUUUUUCUCUGCAAGGUAAUGUGAUAGUCGGCGAUGUACGCUUUAACUCAGCCACCAGACAGUUCUCAAAUAUGGUCGUUCCUACUAUACUCUUUAAAAUUGUACAACCAGAUCUAAUACCAUAUGUCAAGAAAAUUUUGUGGUUCGAGUACAGCUUGGGACCCUACUUGCGCAUCGUCCCAGCGACUCUGUCUUUCGUCGCAGGUCUCUUACUUUUAGCAAUAGCAGUUAGGUCAUGCUUGUGUCUACGGGCCAAGAGCGGCUUGACGUAUAAACUGAGUACCACAGUACCGCUAAUAGACGAGAAAAAUGGAGAUUUAGCAAAGACUUCGACUGAUCAAUGCCGAUAGCGUUGGUAUAUAGGUAUAAAUAAUUUAUAAAAUAGUGAAUUUCUUUAUUCUAACAAAGAACGGAAGUAAAAACAGAUUUUAUUAUGCUUUAUGUCAUAGCGAUAUAUGAGGAGUGAUUGAGAUUUUCUUCAAUGUAUACUGCAAGUCGUAACCGAAGAAAGAAAAGUUUUGUGCUGGAUUCAAUCCGCUGCUUCGCGCUUAUUUUAAAGUUUUUUUCCUAUUGAGCGAUUGCCCCUUAAGGUGUCAUUUAUUCCUAUAAAUAAAACGUUAUAAAAAAAUAAUUUAAAGCAUGCAUUAAAAACAAAACAAAUAUUUAUGAAACGAAUUUCAUACAAUAUUAAAUACAAAGUUACCUGUAAACAUCAAACAUCUUUUAUCGAUAAAAAAAAAACCACAUAAAUUUAUGGGCAAUCACCCUGAUGUUCUUGUCAAAUUAUUCUUCAAGCAACUAUACCUGUAGUAAUUUAAUUAUUUGAACAAUCAGAAGAUUUUCAGUACAUCGCGUAUUCUUAUAUCUAAGCGACGAUGUGUAAACGUGUACCGACAGAGCCGCCUGCCGUUGUUGUUUUAAUGUGUGUCAGCAUCACUUGAGCUCUUGGAGUCUAUAUAAACGCUCGCAGUCUCGCAGUCAACGCUGCGACAGGGUGUGACCCGGAUUUUCUUGCUGAAAAACCAUUUAAAUUAACCUACAUUUAUGUAUCCCUGAGUAGGUCUAUUCACUCCAUAGGCACCAACAGCCAAC